GCCUCUGUGCUUUCCACCGUGUCAGCAUCACGAGGCUCGGUAAAGCGACAUGUAAAAGUACGGAAAGCCCUUUCGAACUGCUUUUCCUCUUCUGUUCCCUUCGAUCCAUCAACUGCCGCGGGAGGAGGCCAUCCAAACGUAGCAACCGUGGAACAACUCUAUCCCGCUGGCUAAGAGGAAAUCCUGGAAAGAACCAUGAGGGGACAAACCGUUCUUCUCCUGGCGAUGGUCGCUGUGACAUGUGUUGAAGUUUGCCAAGCGGCGCGCCAGUGCUCAGCAAGUCACCCGUGCCAGCACGGAGGAACUUGUGCAAGCAAUGUAUGCAUAUGUGCGGAGGGGUACACGGGCAUACAUUGCCAGAGCGAAUCACCAAAACCCACCACUGCUGCCGUUGCUACCACUAAGCCAGUACCUGCAACAUGUGCUCCGGUGUUCUGUCUCAUCCACUGUCCUGGGGGCUAUGAAAAGGAUGACAAUGGCUGUCAGAUCUGCAAGUGCAAAACCAUUGCAACCACAGCCACAACUACAACCACGGCGUCAAAGCAUGGCAGGUGCCCCAGCAUUACGCCCGUGUCUGGACUCACCUGUGCGUCAUCAUGCUCCUCUGACAGUGCCUGUGGGGGCACCAAGAAGUGCUGCACGUCUUAUUGUCAGGGAACGAAGUGUUUAUGUCCUGACCUGGGAUGCAAGUUGUUGUGCUCACAAGGCUUUCAGCAGGGCAAGGACGGUUGCAACAUCUGUGCCUGCGCUAGGCCAAAGACCAGUCAGCCUCCAACGACCACACCACAGAAGCCAACAUGCUCUCCAAUUGCGUGCCUCAUCCACUGUCCAUUUGGGAAAAAGACGGACGCUAACGGCUGUGAACUGUGUCAAUGCAAGACAGGCAACACAACUUCAGCACCUCCCAAGCAUGGUUUCUGCCCAACCUUCUCUACCAGCACCGGAGCAGCUUGUUCAUCAACAUGUUCUUCGGACAGUGCCUGUCCAGGAACCAAGAAAUGCUGCAAGUCAAAGUGCCAGGGAAUGAUGUGCUUGUGUCCGGCGCUAGUCUGCAAGCUCUUGUGUCCACUGGGAUACGAGCAAGGCAAAGAUGGCUGCAACAUUUGCUCCUGCACAAAACCAAAGACUACCCAGCCUCCAGAGCCCACACCACAGUCUCCUGUGACCACGGCGCCAAAGCCAACAUGCUCUCCAAUUGCAUGCCUCAUCCAUUGUCCGUUUGGGAAAAAGACGGACGCUAACGGCUGUGAACUGUGUCAAUGCAAGACAGGCAACACAACUUCAGCACCUCCCAAGCAUGGUUUCUGCCCAACCUUCACUACCAGCACCGGAGCAGCUUGUUCAUCAACAUGUUCUUCGGACAGUGCCUGUCCAGGAACCAAGAAAUGCUGCAAGUCAAAGUGCCAGGGAAUGAUGUGCUUGUGUCCGGCGCUAGUCUGCAAGCUCUUGUGUCCACUGGGAUACGAGCAAGGCAAAGAUGGCUGCAACAUUUGCUCCUGUGCAAAACCAAAGACUACCCAGCCUCCAGGACCCACAACACAGUCUCCUGCGACCACGGCACCAAAGCCAACAUGCUCUCCAAUUGCAUGCCUCAUCCAUUGUCCGUUUGGGAAAAAGACGGACGCUAACGGCUGUGAACUGUGUCAAUGCAAGACAGGCAACACAACUUCAGCACCUCCCAAGCAUGGUUUCUGCCCAACCUUCACUACCAGCACCGGAGCAGCUUGUUCAUCAACAUGUUCUUCGGACAGUGCCUGUCCAGGAACCAAGAAAUGCUGCAAGUCAAAGUGCCAGGGAAUGAUGUGCUUGUGUCCGGCGCUAGUCUGCAAGCUCUUGUGCCCACUGGGAUACAAGCAAGGCAAAGAUGGCUGCAACAUUUGCUCCUGUGCAAAGCCAAAGACUACCCAGCCUCCAGCGCCCACAACACAGUCUCCAGUAAUAACCACGCAGAGUCUAACAUUGUGCGAGAAGCUGCAGAUUAAAAUCGGCACACCUCCACCGCGGCGCGGCAAGAGAGCAAUCCAGAAGGUCGGUACCUACUAUCCAACCUGCGAGAAUGACGGCGAGUUCAGCAAGGUCCAGUGUCCGCCUAGUGGUCCCGUGUCCAAGCUGUCGGAUUGCUUUUGCGUGAACGUGACCACUGGUCGUGCACUGCACAACAUGCACGUGGAAGAGAGGAAUGGCGAUUACGUCUGUGUGCGUGGAGCUGUAACAACAAAGAUGCCGGUAUCCAUGACAACCAGGCCAGUAUCCAUGACAACCAGACCAGUGCACAAGACCACCAGCCCAGUAGCAGUGACAACAACGAUCCCAGGCUGUCGGCUUCCCAACGGCACAAUCAUCCAGGUGGGAGUGAAGUACAAGACUGGUCCAUGCACGACGUGUGUUUGUCACACAGCAGGCAGGCAUCCAGCAUGUCUUGUCAUUGACUGUCCUCCUAUGAACUGUCCAUCUGGCCAGGUACCGAUCUGGCAGAACGGUGCAUGCUGUGCAACAUGCCAGCCUAACAGUACCACCUCUCACACGCCCACAACGAAGCUCAUGCCCAUGACAACAGUGCCCAUGACAACAGGCACCAAGCCUCCAUCUGGUUGUAGACUAGCAAAUGGCACAAUGGUCCGGGUCGGCACUUAUUUCAACCAAGGACCAUGUACUAAUUGUCAAUGUAUGGCAACCGGCCGAUCAGUCUGUAGCAGCCAAAGCUGUCUUUCACCCAGCUGUCCACCUGGCCAAGUAGCAGUGCGUGUACCUAAUGUUUGCUGCCGAGUAUGCAGGAAGAACUCUACCGUGGCUACACAGCGGCCUACAACCGCCGCACCGACCUGUCCUCCACCGAAGCCAUGCCCGCUGUGCCCGAAUGGAUAUGUGUAUCGCAACGGCUGUCAAACAUGCCAAUGCAAGCCAGCACGCGGCGGGUGUGCUAUGCCGAAUGGCACCAAGAUCUCUGUUGGCGAGAAGUAUCUGAUUGCAUGCCAUGAAUGCACGUGUGUAUCCAAAAAUAACACGCAAUGCCUUGCUAUAGAAUGUCCUGUGCCUGUGUGUAGGAAAGAUCAAGUAAUUGUGAGAGUACCAGGUUACUGCUGUCCUAGGUGUCAAUCAAACGCCACCAGCACUACCCGCUCCUCCAACACUACCAGCGCCACCACCGCCAUGCCUCCGACCGGCUGUCCAGGUGUACCACCAUGUGCGCCCUGCCCCAUCGGUUAUCAUUUCGUUUACGUCAAGGGCUGCAUGACGUGCAGCUGCGCCCGUGGCAAUGGAACCCGGCCGACGAUUGCACCAACAACGCAAGUGCCAGUCAUACGUCUACAUAUGGAGCUCAACCUGGCUGGAACAGAGGAAGCAACAGCGAUGCUAUUGAGCAAUGCCGAUGCAAACACUGCAUUCAAGCUGUACUUCAUGCAAUGGCUGCAAGCUCAGUAUUCACUAUCUGCUGAUAACAUCCAGGAGAUUGAGGUUUUCUCACUUCUAUCCAGCAGGCACCUUCUCGUCACGUACAAUCUGGUUGGGUACAAGGGAUCUGAGGAGCCAGUAAUCCGCAAUGCGAAGCAGAAGAUCGACAGUGAUGUACAGUACAUAGAGCCAAACAUCAAGGUGCCUUUCAACAGUGGAUACCUACAGUUCUCUCUGCAACCAUCCGCAUCCAGUCAGCCAACAGAGGCGCCUGGCAACGACAAGAAUACUGGUGGUUCACAGAGCAGUGGGCUCAGCUCCACCACCGUCAUUGCAAUCUCGGUUGGAGGUGGAGUGGCAGUGGCUGCUAUCAUUGUCAUGUUGAUUGUGAUGGUUAAGGCACGAUCUGGAGCAUCUCGUGGAGUUCAGCUCCCGUCCGACCUGGGCCAAGCCACCUACAGCGUCAAAGGAGAUAUCUCUAUCAACUCGUCUUCACCAAACUUCGACGAGCCGCUUUAUGAUAGCGACACGCGCGGACUGGUCACAGAAUAAAUGUGCGCCAGUCAGCAGCAGCAUAAAUGUUUUUUUUUUAAUAAAUUCUUUGACUUGCAUAAUCGACGUGGAAAAAGCAACUUAAUGCUUUUGUCGAAUUCUUAUCAUGCUAUUAUGAAGCCUAAUAUGGUCACUGAAGUGGUGACCAUUCUUCACACACUCGUUGAAUAAGAUAGAUUCACAACUAGUCCUCUCAUCUUCCCACCAUGCCAUCACCUACUCGGACUCAUACCUAUGGAACACGUUAUUCGAAAUGCAUUGUUACUAACUUACUUAUACACAUUGGUUCCAUUCAAGUGCUGGCACUACAUGAAUCGGAAAAUCGUAUUACAGAAAGCUCUCCCAACUGA